CUUUACCCAUGAAGUCACUUGACGUUUCGCGAUCCUCAUCUUCUAUCUCAAGGUCUCUGUACCAUUUUCCGAGAUACCCAUUGAGGCGUCUUCAGCUAAGUUCUCAUUCAAACCCAGAAAUCAAAGAUUCGUCAAACCAUAGAUUGCUGCUCCGGCGUAGAAUCGAAGACGUGGAAGAGGAUUUUAUCUGCAGCAUUAGCAGCGGCACUUAUCGCCUCGAGCUCCGGCGUUCCGGCCUUGGCAGAGCUUAACAAGUUUGAGGCCGAUACACGUGGCGAGUUUGGGAUAGGAUCGGCUGCUCAGUUCGGUUCUGCUGAUCUCAGCAAAACAGUUCACUCCAAUGAAAAUUUCAGGUAAAUAUUUGCCUAUCUUCGGUGAUGGAAAUUGGAAUCAACAUAACAAAGUUCAAAAGUUUGUAUCUUUUACGAUUUGCACAAUUUCUCUAAUUGGAAUCUUGGAUCAACAGACACUAAAUAAAACCAAAUCUGAAGAAGCAAGACUUUUGUUAUACUUCUGAAUUAUGUGUAGUGGAUUACUGAUAUUGUUGCAGAAGAGCCAACUUCACUUCUGCAGACAUGAGAGAGUCUGACUUCAGCGGUUCGACCUUCAAUGGCGCCUAUCUCGAGAAAGCGGUUGCAUACAAAGCUAACUUCUCAGGUGCUGAUUUGAGCGAUACAUUGAUGGACCGGAUGGUGCUAAACGAGGCAAAUCUGACAAAUGCCAUUCUUGUCCGUUCGGUUCUAACCCGUAGUGACCUCGGUGGUGCAAAGAUCGAAGGUGCUGAUUUUAGUGACGCUGUGAUUGAUCUUCUUCAAAAACAGGCUCUGUGUAAAUACGCAAACGGGACAAACCCAUUGACUGGAGUGAGCACAAGGAAGAGUCUUGGAUGUGGAAAUAGCCGAAGGAAUGCAUAUGGCUCGCCUUCGUCUCCUUUGCUCAGUGCACCGCCUCAACGUCUGCUCGGCCGUGAUGGAUUCUGCGACGAAAAGACCGGUCUUUGUGACGCCAGCUAGUUUCAAUUUGUUAGAAUCAUGUGUGCGAUUACAAUGCUGAUAUACAUUUGUGUCUCUAUAUGUUGUGUAACGCUAAUCAUGUAUUGUAUGUUUAUAGUAGUAUUGAAUUGUAAAUGACCGGAAAACAAAAAAAGAGAUAGAGAUAGCACUGAAAAACGGAGAUAAUGGAUCCAUUUUGUCUCUAAGACAAAA